ACCAUUCGCUACUCGGCUAUAAAACAGAUAGAUAACUCGCUUGUUUGACAGUUUAUUUGCGGUAAAGCUAGGAGAAUAGAAGCAAACUGUUAAAGAUAUAUUAAAAUUUGUGUUACAUUACUCUUAAGAGAAAAUGUCUUGGAAUAUAGUACCACUGUUUAAAAGAGACUUUGGUUUCUUCGAUCGUCAAAGGGAUUUAUUUUCGGACUGGGUGAAAGAAUUUGAUGAUGAAUGGAAAUCUAUGGACUUUGAAUCCUCUCGAACGAGAUUUGACAGGGAAUUGGAAAGAAUUAAAAAGGACCUCUUCAAAUUGGACACAGGUUCAUCUAUGCUUAAGGUUGAGAGGCCGUUUAUAACAGAUCCCAUCGGUAACAAGAAGUUAUCACUUCGAUUUGACUGUAGUCAGUUCAAACCAGAAGAAAUUAGCGUAAAAACCAUGGACAAACGUUUAUGUGUACACGCUAAACACACAGAAGAGUCACCAGGCAAGAAAGUUUACAGGGAGUUCACUAGGGAAUAUACGCUUCCAAACAAUAUUGAUGCGUUACGUUUGACGUCAACGUUAUCAAAGGACGGCGUUCUCCAGGUCGAAGCUCCAGCUCCUCCGAGUGUAGAAGCACCAAGAGAAUUCUUGAUUCCAAUAGAGAAACUGUAAACUAUGAAAAACACAGUUACUUAAAAACUGUUAUCUUUAAAGCCGUGCUUGAACUUCAGUUAGCUCUAAAAAUGAAGAAACACUUUUUUAGUCUGCGCAUUCCAGUUCAUUUGAAGUACUGUUGAAUUAUUUGUUAUAAUUAAGUUGUUCAAUUCUAUUAUUUUUACUAAUUAGGCUUCAUAUUUUGUUAUGUUAUGACUUUUUGCUUGAGUUAUUAAACAUAUUUUGGAAAGUGACUUUUCUCUGACUGUGCCUGGAUAAUAUAACAUUGGAUGGAUUCUGUACAAUAUAAAAUUCGUAAGUCAGGAUAACUAUGCAUAUCAAUCAUUAUAAAUUAUCUAUUAAUACUGUUUUUCAUAUAUAAAUUAUAUGUUUAAUUUGUAUAAAUAUUUAUAAAACAGUAGAUUAACAAAUUGAUAUGAUAUUACAAUAAAAAUGUGUUAUUACAAAGUUGAA